UCAAUCGCGCCUGACGGAGCCAACACAAACCGUUUAUUACUAGAACUAAUGGGUAAACAUUAAAAUUCGCAUUCACUUGUUGUGAUUUCUACGCGACGUUUAUGUUAAGGCAUUCCACGUACAAAGUGUUGAAUUAAAUCAUUAAUUAACAUUAGAUUGCCUACGUGAUGAAGUAACAGUGCUAAGUGAAAUUAGAAGUAUUCCGUCGUAACUUCAAGGAAAGUUAUGUGAUUUGAAUUAUAGAUCAGUUAUACAACAUGUCCAAAUUUCUUCAAUGGACCAAUGACAACAAAUUGGUGAUAUUUCUACUUAUUACCACGGUCUGUUUCCUUGUAUCAACUGUGGUACUUUCUAGCAGAAUUAAGCACGCAUCGGCGUGUCCAUUGGAGGGAUCGCCUUACACUCAAAAAAAUUUUAAUAAUGAAAGGAAGGAAGAUGAUCUCGUUUCAAAUAAGAGCGCUUACUACAGACUGCCAAGACACACGAUUCCGAGAAGCUACAAAUUGCUCCUUCAACCCGACAUGACGAACAAAACGUUUCACGGUGUCGUGGAAAUUUCUCUCCAAGUAACAAAUCCUACAAAGAGCAUAACGCUCCAUUCAAACAAAUUAAAUAUCACGACAACAUCUCUCACAAAAAAGCGCAAAGAUAAAAUAUCAAUAGAUGCCAUUCACAUAGUUCCAGGAAAAAGAGAAUUUUUAGUUGUCAAUUUACAAGACGAAAUCCAGAAAGGUAGCUAUGCGCUAAAAAUAGAAUUUAGCGGGCGAUUGGAUAAAGGAUUCAUUGGGUUUUACUCGAGUACUCUGAAAAAUGGAAAAACCAUGGUGGCCAGCAAGUUUCAGCCAACAUACGCUCGACAAGCUUUUCCAUGCUUUGAUGAGCCUGAUUUCAAAGCCACAUACGACAUUUCUUUAGUGAAGCCAAAGUCAUACAUAGCUUUGUCUAACAUGAAUGAAAUAUCUAAAUCGCCUACUGAAGAUGGCAAAUCAGAACUGGUUACUUUUGCAACAAGCGUCCCAAUGUCAACUUAUUUGGCUUGUUUCGUUGUGUGUGACUUUGAUUACAAGGAGAAUGAAAUAAACGCCAACGGGAUUGGAAAGAACUUUAUUCUUAGAUCCUUUGCGCAAAAGAAUCAGAUGCAUAAGAUUGAUUUUGCCCAAGAUAUUGGCAGGAGAGCAACGGAAUUUUAUGUGAAGUACUACGAAGUGCCCUUCCCUCUUCCCAAAUUAGAUAUGAUUGCGAUCCCAGACUAUGUGUCUGGUGCCACAGAGCAUUGGGGACUGAUCACUUACAGGGAAACGUCUUUCCUGGUGGAUGACAGUACAGCGUCAUCUAAAAACAAGAUCAGUGUAGCUAAUACAAUCGCUCAUGAACUAGCUCAUAUGUGGUUUGGUAACUUAGUGACUAUGAAAUGGUGGGACGACCUAUGGCUAAAUGAAGGCUUUGCGUCCUACAUGCAAGUAAAAGCCUUGAAUGCUAUUGAGCCAUCGUGGACGAUGUUAGACCAGUUCUUGACGAAAACAUUACAUUCUGUGCUGGUGACCGAUGCUAAGCUCUCAAGCCAUCCCAUUGUCCAGACUGUGUCCACACCGGACCAGAUUACAGCCAUAUUUGAUGCUAUAUCUUACAACAAGGGAUCCUCAGUUCUCCGUAUGCUGGAAGGCUUUAUAGGUGAAGAGAAUUUCCGCAAAGGAGUGUCUGACUACCUGCAGAAAUACAAAUUUGGCAACACAGUGACCCAAGAUUUGCUGUCGUCUUUGGAGCCCUAUAGCAAACAGGAACACCCUGAGUUGGAUAUUAAUUACGUAAUGGAUACAUGGACCAAACAAAUGGGAUAUCCGCUAGUCACCGUAAGCAGAGGCGAGAAACCAAACACAUACGUUCUUACCCAACGUCGUUUCCUACUUGAUCCCGAAGCUGUGUAUCCAAAUGACUCGGAGUUCGACUACCGUUGGUUCAUUCCAAUCACCUAUACAACAAACAAGGGACCGAAAAAAGAUAUUCUGUGGUUCCCAAACGGCGUCCAAAAAGUGGAUAUGAUUCUCGAAGCAGAUGAAAAUUGGGUGAAAAUAAACAACAACCAAGUAGGCUACUACAGGGUAAACUAUACGUUAGACAUGUGGAAGAGCUUGAUCGAACAAUUGAAACUAAAAGCUGAACAGCUAACAAUAUCAGACCGCUCCAACUUGCUAGACGACGUGUUUGCGCUGGCCGAGACUAAAACAGUGCCGUACCGGCUAGCGCUGGACCUGACUGGCUACCUGUCGGUGGAAGAAGACUACGUGCCCUGGGAGACUGCUUCGGCGGUCUUCUCGAGGCUGGCUGACAAACUGAUGGGGACUGUGGUGCAUGAUAAGCUGCAGAAAUAUAUUCAAAAGCUUGUGAGUCCUUUGUAUACGAAGCAGAGUUGGGAAAGAAGUAAAAUUGGUGUAAUUGAAGGAUUAUUAAGAACAAGGAUACUAUCCCUGGCCACAAGGUGUCGAUUGCCAGAAGCCGAGGAUAAAGUGAGGGCCCUAUUCCUGGACUGGCUGAACAACCACGGGACUGACAAAGCUUCCACCAUAGAGCCUGACCUUAGGGACUUCGUCUAUUAUUAUGGUAUGAAAUCUUCAAGCCAGGCCGAAUGGGAUAAGCUUUGGCAGAUUUACCUGAAGGAAGAAGAUGCGCAGGAACAAACUAAGCUAAGGAAUGCGCUGGCAGGACCGCGGGAUCCUGAGCUGCUUAAAAAGUACUUAUAUCUAUCCUGGGAUGAAAAGAACAUUCGCAGUCAAGACUUCCUAAACGUGCUGCAUUACAUCAGCUCCAAUCCGUCUGGCACGGCACUAGUGUGGGACGAAGUUCGCUCGCGCUGGCCGGAGCUAGUAGACCGAUUUACUCUUAACAGCCGGUACCUGGGAAAUCUCAUACCUGGCAUCACUAGCUCGUUUAACUCGCAGCUUAGGCUUAAAGAGAUGGAGGCGUUCUUCGAGCAGUACCCAGAAGCGGGCGCGGGCGAAGCGGCGAGACGUCGCGCGCUAGAGACCGUCAAAGGCAACAUCAAGUGGGCCGCCUCGCACCAAGCCGCGGUGGCCGCCUGGCUGGAACAACACGUGGCCUAGCGCGGUACUUACUUGAUCUCAUCUUAACCCUUUCACUGUAUACAGGGUGCCUUUGAAAUCAUUGGCAUCCUUUUAAAAUAAGACUACUCAUAUACACUCGGCAUCAAAUAAAUCGACCCGCCCGCGACGCGAACAUUAAAGAUUUUCUUCUGACACAAUCAUGGUACCCUAACAAUAUUGGUGUUAUUUGAAAGCCCAAUAAAU